AUGAGCCUACAUCAGCGAGGGCUGGAAGCUGGUGACAACUUCACAAAAUCGACAAGUUGGAAUUUUGCUAUACAGAAAGAACCAGAUGUGCUUUGUGAUCAAAACCCGGAACAAUCAAAUAGGAACCAUAGUGACGAUGAACGAAAGGGAAAGAAAAAAUGGAAAGAAAGAGAAGGGGAAGAAAAAAAGGAGGAACUAGUAGAGAAACUGGAAGAAGAACAAGAAAUGGAAGAAGAAAAUGAAGAACAACAUCCCCAGGAAAGAUUAGUCAGUAAGCCCCUCAUGGACACUCUCUGGGCAACAUUUAAGUUAAACAAAUGCCCCACAAUGGGAGAUAGCCGAUCACUUGCAUUUGAAUUUAAUAUGACAGUAAAACAGAUAAAGCAGUGGUUUCAUAAAAGGAGGAAGAAAUACAAUAAAGUGAUGUACAAGAGGAAACAUAAGAAGAGACCUAAGAGAUGCUGA